AUGGCGCUUGCCGACAAGACGAAGCGAGUCGUCUCGCAGUUCGACCUUUCCGACGCCGACGUCAACGUCCAUGUUCGUGAAUUUCUAAGGCAAAUGCAGGAGGGUUUGGAAGCCGACGGCACCAGCAUCAGCCAGAUCCCUACCUAUGUUACGGGGGUUCCCAAUGGCACCGAAAAGGGCCUCUACCUGGCGGUUGAUUUGGGUGGCACCAACUUUCGCGUCUGCUCCAUCAUGCUCAACGGCGAUACGACCUUUAACCUAACAUACAACAAAGUGGUUGUUCCCAAGGAGCUCAUGGUUGCGAAAACCGCCCAUGAGCUUUUUGCUUUUCUGGCCAAGCAGAUUGAGCUGUUCCUUCGCCAACACCACGCCGAGCACUUUGAGAGUCAUUCGCGCCGCAGAGCUACGGCUAGUACCCCGAUGGGCUAUCGCGACGAGCAGAUUUUUCGCCUUGGAUUCACUUUUAGCUUUCCUGUGAAGCAGUUGGGCAUCAACAAGGGUUACCUCAUUCGCUGGACCAAGGGUUUCGACAUCCCUGACGCCGUUGGCAAGGAUGUUUGCCGCCUGUUGCAGGACGAGAUUGACAAUCUAAGCCUUCCUGUCAAGGUUGCGGCUCUUGUCAACGACACAGUCGGCACCCUGAUGGCCAGAUCAUAUACAUCUUCAGGGAAACACCGCUCUUUGUUGGGCGGCAUCUUCGGCACUGGUACAAAUGGCGCCUAUAUCGAAAAGACGGCCAAGAUCAAGAAGCCAAUCGAAGGCGAGUAUGACGGUUCAACUGGCGAAAUGGUCGUCAACACCGAGUGGGGCUCGUUCGAUAACCAGCUCAAUGUCCUGCCUUCCACUCCCUGGGAUAAGGCGCUGGAUGUUGAAAGCGUAAAUCCCGGAAUCCAGAUGUUUGAGAAGCGCGUUUCAGGAAUGUUUCUGGGAGAAAUCGUACGACUGGCCGUUGUUGACAUGAUCAAGGACGACGACAUCAGCCUUUUCCGAGACGUAAACUCUAGCUUCAACGACAGAUCCACCACCACAAGCAUUGGGCCCAAGUCAAGCAUCUUCGAGCCAUGGGGACUCGACAGCGCCAUCAUGUCCGUCGCUGCGGCUGACAACACCCCCGAGCUCUCUACGAUCCGGCUGGAAUUGGAAAAGUCACUGGACAUUUACGCCCCGUCAUUAGAAGAUGCCCAGGCGUUCAAAGCCAUCUCCGACGCUGUCGCUCGCCGAGCCGCCAGAUUGUCAGCCGUGGCCAUUGGCGCCAUUGCGUUGCAGUCGGGCAAGCUUGACGACCCCCAAGAGGAGUUGCUCGACAUUGGUGUGGAUGGGAGUCUGGUUGAGUACUAUCCAUUUUUCCGGGACAUGAUCUACGAAGCUCUUGCGGCCAUCGACGGCAUUGGAGCUGACAAGGUCGCAAAGAUUCGAAUCGGCAUCGCCAAGGACGGAAGCGGAGUUGGUGCGGCGUUGAUCGCCUUGAUUGCCGCUCGGAUGGAGAAGCCCGGCGACUUCCUUGCCGAUCUGCGCUCCGAUAUCAAGAGACGGCUCGAGAAGAUCCCGUCUAAUGUGUCGAUAUCAGUCGAGGAUCCCGCACGGUCAAUGACACCGUUGGUGUUAGUGGGCGGUCUUAUUGCGGUGGCCGCGAUUUCAGGCCUAUGGUGGAGCAGGCGGCGGUGGGCGUGA